AUGACCAGUGAGGACGCGGCCACGUGCGCAGCCAAGCACAAGUACGCCACCUCGGGCGGCCGCAAGCUGCUGCGCUGGGACGCCGCGCGCUGGCAGCUGUUCGAGCGCACGCUUCCGUACACGACGCACCUCAAGAGCGCGCCGCUUUUACAUCUGCGCGCCCCGCUCGCGUCUAUUCGAAAGAUACACGCGCCGUCGGUGGUGAUAGAGCAACCGAUUGUCGGCACGCGCUCGGGAUCUGUAGUGAAUCUGGGGCUCGUGAUUGACGCGACAGGCAGCGAGACGUGUCUGCACGAUGUCAAGUGGUUGCGGUUGUGGUUGUUCUGUGGGGGUGAUGGUGAGGGAAUGAAAGGUAUUGACUGGACAAUUGUAUGGGAUGGUAGAGAGUAG